GGAAUAUAACGAUCAAGAUGCACUUCCUUACGAAAUUUACGUGAUGCUGGCACCAUCAGAUGAAUCUUGCCAAACAAGUUUAGCAGCAGAUGUCUCGGCCAGGCCGACCGCCAUGGCAGAGACCCUUGCUUAACUCGAACUCCGCCCACCUCAGUCGAAGCAUGGGCGGCUGUGUGAAAACCUUGCGUUCACUUGUCUUCCUAUUCAACUUACUGUUUUGGAUAGCCGGAAUAGUCACAAUGGGCUUAGGUAUUUGGCUGCUAUUCGACCCUGUAGCAUCAGAUUUCUUCGCACUUCAUUCAGCUCACCAUGGUUCAUUUCGAACCGUUGGAUGGUUGUUGUUGACAGCUGGAGCUAUUAUGACAUUCCUCGGUUGUUGUGGAUGCUGUGGAGCAUGGAAGAUGAACCAGUGUGCACUUCUUCUAUUCUUCACUCUCUUAGUUCUUGUAUUCUGUUUGGAAUUGGCGGCAGCAUAUAUAGCCUACAACAAACAAGAAACAAUAAGGCAGUACAUCGAGAGCAGUAUGUACGACACAAUCCGAAAUCGCUAUGCUUACGAUGACAAAUAUAAAUCUGCAUUUGACACGAUACAACAAGAGCUCGAAUGUUGUGGUGUGAAAUCGUAUACGGAUUGGCUGGGAGCAAACUGGGAUAAAAAACACUAUACUGCAUUGGAUAAUGCUGAACCAAUACGAAUAGAGCACGGAAUUGGUGCCGUUGGUGGUGGCCGAGGAAGUGGUUAUGGACGAGUACCGGAAUCUUGUUGUAACACACAUGGAAUAGAGACGUAUCCAACCAAUUGCGGUGUCUCCUUCACUCAUGCACCAUUGGAGACAUAUUCUGAAUUUGUGCACACAGUGGGGUGCGCAAAUGCCCUCUACGACAUGAUUCACCGUAAUUUGGAACUCGCCAUCGCACUAAGCGUUUUUGUUGGUGCACUACAACUGUUGGGAAUGAUUCUGUCAAUGCUUCUUUGCUGUUGUAUCGGUGCACAAGACAAGAAGUACGAAUAUUGAAAUUGCUCAAAUGGUUCACCACGAUUGAUACGAAGAUGGUACUACUUGACGAUUCUCAUCAGCACGACUGUAAAAUCGUCUAUUUUCUAAUGGAGUAUCCUGGCGAUAACUCAAGCGCAAGGUUUGCUGCCUUUGUAGGCCCGGUUCUGUAUAGUACAAUUUUGCAUCAGGUUGUUCAUAACAGAGUGCUAAUAAAGAAAUGCAAAAAA